AGGCCCUGUGCGGUCGGCGCAGCAGCAGGAGAAAGACGCGGGCCAGCCAUCGGCGGGUAUUUAUAGCACCGUGACAGCGGCGCCCUGGCAGAGCCGGCGCCUGGCUCACGUAGGAGUUUCCCGUUAGAGCAAAAGGUGGCUGCUGAGCUCGGCAGACAACUGUACUGAAGUAUUUGAGAAUGGGUAAAGGCUUCCGCUACUACUUCCAGCACCCCUGGUCUCGCCUCACAGUGGCUUACUUGGUGAUCUUCUUUAACUUCUUAAUAUUUGCUGAGGAUCCAGUAUCUCACAGUCAGACAGAAGCCAAUGUUAUUGUUGUUGGCAACUGCUUUUCAUUUGUAACAAAUAAAUACCCUGGAGGAGGAGGCUGGAGGUUUCUGAAGGUGCUUCUGUGGCUACUUGCCAUUCUCACGGGACUGAUAGCUGGGAAAUUCCUGUUCCAUCACCGUUUGUUUGGUCAGUUACUCCGGCUAAAGAUGUUUCGAGAGGAUCAUGGAUCUUGGAUGACAAUGUUCUUCAGUACCAUUCUCUUCCUCUUCAUUUUUUCUCACAUUUACAAUCUGUGCCUCCUUAUGGCAGGGAAUAUGAGGGCAUACAUCAUAACAGACUUUAUGGGCAUCAGAAAUGAAAGUUUUAUGAAGGUUGCUGCAGUGGGGACUUGGAUGGGAGACUUUGUCACAGCUUGGAUGGUCACUGAUAUGAUGCUUCAGGACAAGACAUACCCUGACUGGGGGAAGUCUGCCAGAGCUUUCUGGAAGAAAGGAAAUGUUAGGAUCAUUUUAUUCUGGACUGUUCUAUUUACAUUGACCUCUGUGGUUGUGGUUGUCAUCACUACUGACUGGAUCAGCUGGGACAAGCUGAAUCGUGGAUUUCUGCCAAGUGAUGAGGUCUCAAGAGCCUUCCUGGCUUCUUUCAUCUUAGUGUUUGACCUUCUUAUUAUCAUGCAGGAUUGGGAGUUUCCACAUUUCAUGGGUGAUGUUGACAUAAAUCUUCCUGGCUUGCCAUAUGCACAUCUGCAGUUCAAACUACCUUACUUCCAAAAUAUCUUCAAGGAAGAAUAUCACAUACAUAUAACAGGUAAAUGGUUUAACUAUGGAAUUAUCUUUCUGGUUUUAAUCCUGGAUCUAAAUAUGUGGAAGAAUCAAAUAUUUUACAAACCUCAUGAAUAUGGUCAAUAUAUUGGUCCUGGACAGAAGAUCUACACAGUGGAGGACUCAGAAAGCUUAAAGGACCUUAACAGAACCAAGUUAUCCUGGGAUUGGAGAUCAAAUAACACAAACCCUCUGACUAACAGGACUUACGCUGAGGGAGACAUGUUCUUGCAUAGCAGAUAUACAGGAGUUAACCUUGAUGUCAAAUGCCUGGCCUUUAUUCCAUGUUUGCUGGCUUUUGCUUUGUUUGGGUUCUUCAUUUGGUUCUUUGGGCGAUUUCAGAAAACUGAGCAAGGCAUGGAGAAUCUGGACAAAUCAUACACAAGAAUGAAAAGGAAGUCGCCAUCAGACAUGGGAAUGACACGAGAAAAUACACAGGUUUUAGUGGAGAAAACUUUAAGUUUUCAAGAUCCACAUUUAGUAUCCAUAAAAUCAGACUUAAGUGAAAUUGUCUUUAAUUCUUCCCUUCUAACUUCUGAAAACUUGAGCUUACAGUUGAAUGAACAAGACAGCCCAUUACAACCAAUGACAGCAGAUUCUGCCCCUAAGAGUGAUCCCAUGACCUAGAGCAAAUGACCCAGAAAAGAAAGAUUAAAAUAACCAGUUAUUGUGAGAGUUCAGUUUUUGUAAGUUAAGGUUUACAUCAUGUUUAGCACAAGAAAUAUAACCUGUACCACAAAGGUGCUCAACAUGCUUUUUCUAGGAAUUUUGUUUUCUAUUUGUAUUAUAUGUGCCUACUCUAUAGCUAACAUUCCUAUAUAGAUUAUGUCUCAGAAUUGCACCAUCUAUUUAUUAAUUCAUUGAUGUUGCUGUAUAAUAGUGAAUUAGAUGAAUAUUUGCAGUAUAAAAUUCUAACCGUGGUGGUGCCUUGAAACAUUAAACUGAUUUUUAACUCAACUCCAGAAGAUAUAAAGACCAGUUCUUCUAACCUAUUUUGCAAGGGUUUUUUUGCAUGCAAUUAUUUAGAAUGCCAUUUGAUUUCUUACCAAUAGAUGUAGAGAUUUCUGAAGAACAGUUCCUGACAAGAUGUUACACUAACAGUUGACUUUGUUAUUUACUCAGCUGUAGAGUCAGUGACUUUGAUAACUGGACUGCAGAGAAGCAUUUUGAUUACCUUUUAAUUUUUGCUAGCUCGCUGCCAAAUACAAAUACAGCUUCAUAACAGAGUAACAGUAGAGCAUGGGUCACUACUUGUGAAAAUAGGACUUUCUCUGUCAGUAAUUGCAAUUAGAUGAUAAUGCCAAUUAUGUUUUUCAUAAUUAAAGAUAAACUGCUGCUUCAUUAAAACUCCUGCCCUUCACCUUUCCGAAACAAAGGUUAAAAUGCAUAGUUAGAGCAAUAAUCACAUAUCCCAUCAUCAACACAAACCUGUGCAAUGUCAAAGAACCAGUGUAGUGAUUACAGGAAAGACCCCAGAGCCCAUAGCCUUCAGUGUUUGUACAACUUUGUGUAACUAUGGUUUGGGAUACAUUAUGCUGGGAAAUGUACAACACAACUGACAGCUUUAACUUCUUCAAAGACUGAAGCAAUGGUGUGGGGGCUGGGGAGUGACUGCAUGGAAUAGAUUAGCAAGUGAUUUGUCCUGAAUCUUUUUUGCCCCUUUCAGGAAUUAAACACUGUCCAUUAAUAAAUAAUAGAACCCAGCAACAAAAACAAGGCUACUUGGAAUCUGAAUUCCUCAGCUGUCUGUUCAAACAAUGUACACUAAAACCAUAACAAAUCUAAAAUACCAGAAAAAAUCUGACUUGCCUCUAAUUUAGUUUCAUAAAUUGUUGUUACAAGUUACUAAAUAAGAAGUCAUUUUAAAGUCUAAAUUAUUUCCCUGUCAGUUACUGAUGUUGCUGUAUUUUGUCUUCAUGGUUUUUUUUUAAUGUCGGUUGUUUUGAUCUAUCUGCUUUUAAGUUUUCAGCAUGGUGAAUUUAGCAUGCAUAAUAGAACUAUGCAUUUAUUAUCUAUCACUUGAAUCAAUUUAAUAAAAAUCAUUCAACAAUUGUUUAUCAUGUGGCAGGAACCUAUCCCCUGUUAGGUUUGUUUUGUUUUGUUUUGUUUUAACAUUUCACUCAUACUUUGUCAUAUUUAGAAUCAUAAAUAUUUCUGGCAUUAAAAAAUACAGACAUCAAAAUCAUUGUAAUAUCAAAACCAACCAUUUUGCCUAUGGAACAGUUAAUAUUUUAUCAAGAGAAAGUUUCCUUUUUAAUGAGACUGAAUUUUUAUCCACCAGAAAUUAUAGCUAUAAAAAUUAUGCUAUUAUUAGCAUUUGGUUAGUGCAGCCUGUAAACUUGCUCAGUCUAUUUAAGAUAGAAUUUAUAUAUUCAAAGCCAAGCUAUUAACUACUUAUGGUAAAAUACUGUCAGAUUUUGCCUUUACUGUGUAGGAGGUGAUUAUAUUUAUGCUUUAUGUCCAAGUAGGAUUUGAUAUGGACAAAUAGGUAGACAAAAUGGCUAAUUAUUUUUGCAAACACAUGCUCUUCCAUGUGACUUGAAAGACUUACUCCAAAAUGUCAAACCCUUUUGUGGAUUGCUUUGUUUUUUCUGUGCAUAGGGUAGCUAAGUCCAUUAAUA